AUGGAAGAUACACUAGAGAUAGUCGACGGGCACUAUCAGGUAGCACUUCCUUGGAGGAGAGACCCGCCCUAUUUACCAUAUAACAAGAUUAUGGCGGAAAGAAGGUGCGGUCUUCUGAAGAAGAGAUUUCUUAGAGACGGUGUUCUGUUUGAUAAGUAUAAGGAGACAAUGAAUGAUUACAUCGAGCGAGGUCAUGCAGAGAAGGUACCGGCUGAAGAGUUGGCGCGAAGUGAUGGGCGGUUGUGGUACUUAAGCCACCACCCAGUGACACACCCAUUGAAGAAGGAUAAAGUGCGAGUUGUUUUUGACUGUGCAGCAAAGUAUGGAGGAACUUCGUUAAAUGAACAAUUGUUACAAGGACCGGACUUGACAAACAAUCUUGUUGCAGUAUUAAGUCGUUUUCGGGAGGAGAAGAUCGGAUUAGUCGCGGAUGUGGAGUCAAUGUUUCAUCAGGUACGGGUGAAUCCAAAGGACUGUGAUGCAUUAAGGUUUUUAUGGUGGCCCAACUCUGAUUUAUCUGGAGAGUUGGAGGAGUACAGGAUGGUGAAACACUUGUUCGGUGCGACAUCGUCACCAAGUGUAGUGAACUAUUGUUUGAAGAAGACAAUAGAACUUAAGGAUAACACCAACCCGGAAGUGUCUGACGCAAUAGUUAGAAAUAUGUAUGUGGAUGAUCUUAUGAAGUCUACGGAUACGACUGAGAAUGCAGUUAAACUUGUAAGUGAUAUCAGAGAAGUGUUGGACAAGGGAGGGUUCAACUUGACCAAGUGGUGCAGUAACGACAAGGAUGUGAUUGCAUCGGUACCAGAGAAGCAUCGAGCCAAGUCAAUGUUGAACGAGCUAGAGCGGCCGACGACUUCGACACUCGGUUUGAAGUGGAAUGUGGAAGAUGAUCAAUUUGUAUGGGAUGUUGCGGACAGCAACAGACGUGCAAAGGAGAAACCUGCAACCAAGCGGAGUGUAUUAUCAAUUGUCUACUCUCUGUUUGAUCCUCUUGGAUUUAUUGCACCCUAUACCAUGAAAGGAAAGCUGCUUCUACAAGUGUUGACCAGAAAGCAAGUUGGAUGGGAUGAUCCCAUGAACCCAGAUGAUUCUGCCCAGUGGAUGCGGUGGGUGGAAGAUCUUCCCAAGCUAGAAGAGGUGAAGGUUGAUCGAUGUUUUAAGCCGAAAGAUUUCAAGGAACUCAAAGACGCUCAACUACAUGUGUUCUCGGAUGCAUCAAGGCAAGGUUAUUCAGCGGUGGCUUACUUACGACUAGAAGAUGUAGAGGGUCGUAAACAUUGCUCAUUUGUCAUGGGGAAGGCACGACUAGCUCCCCUGCGAGAGAUCUCUAUUCCAAGACUAGAACUAACCGCUGCUGUUAUUUCGGUAAAGUUGAGUAAGAUUAUCCGGGAAGAGCUGGAUCUUAAGGUAAACAAAGUGAACUACUGGACUGAUUCAAUGUCGGUGCUUAAGUGCAUUAACAAUGAAACGAAGAGGUUUCACACCUUUGAGUCCAAUCGUUUGACAAUUAUACAUGAUGGUUCCAAUGCUGGAGAAUGGCGGUAUGUGAAUAGGGAUGACAACCCAGCUGAUGAUGGCUCAAAGGGACUCAAGAUGGACACUCUAAUCAGGAACGAUCGGUGGCUGAAGGGACCGAGCUUCCUAUUGGAGGACGAUGCAGACUGGCCUAAGGUGAUCACAAUCCCUGAGAUUACGGACGAUGACCCAGAAGUCAGAAAGGAAGCGCAAGUGUAUGUGACAUGUGAGGAGAAACGGAGAAAUGUUAUUAAUGACAUCAUCAUGUACCACUCUUCGUGGCAGAAGUUGAAGUUAUCGAUCGCCUGGUUAUUGCGAUACAAGCAAUUCUUAAGGAGUAAGGUGUUGCAACGCAAGGAAGCCCAAGGUGAGCAUGAGAAGAGGGACGUCGGAGGAUUAAUGACGGUUGAGGAGUUGCAAGAGGCAGAGUGCAUAAUUCUGCGGCAUGUUCAACGAGAAGAAUUCCCUGACGAGAGAUUGCAUGAGAAAUCUGACAAGUCAAUCAGUAAGUUAUGUCCGCAGAAAGAAAACGGACUGAUACGUGUCGGAGGACGGAUCGGGAAGGCACAGGUUGACUACGAGUUGCGACAUCCUAUAAUACUACCCUACAAGAAUCAUGUUACAGACCUGAUUAUUAUGGAUCAUCAUCAGAGUGUUGGACAUAUGGGUCAAGAGUCAGUUUUGUCGUCUCUGAGAAACGAGUAUUGGGUAAUAAAGGGACGAUCUGCAGUUCGUCGAGUGAUUGGCAAGUGUCUUAAGUGUCAGAGAAGAAGAGCAAAGCCAAUGGAGCAAUUCAUGGCAGACCUUCCGGCUAUGCGAGUUGCAGCUGAGGAGCCACCCUUCACUUACGUAGGGGUCGAUUACUUUGGCCCAAUGGAGGUCAAGGUCGGAAGGUCAAAGGUUAAGAGGUAUGGAUGUUUGUUUUCGUGCCUCAGCAUGAGAGCUGUGCAUGUUGAGAUAACGCAUUCAAUGGACACGGACUCCAUGAUUAACGCCCUGCGACGGUUUAUCAGUCUUAGAGGAUAUCCUAAAGAGAUCCAUAGUGAUAAUGGUACAAAUUUUACGAAGGCAGAUAAGGAGCUAAAGCAAGCCCUCGAAGAAUGGGAUCUCGAGAGGAUCAACAGGUUUUGUAUCCAAAGGCGGAUUAAGUGGAGCUUUAUCCCACCUGCGGCAAGCCACAUGGGUGGUGCAUGGGAAAGGAUGGUACAGACUACCAAGCGUGUGUUGAAGUCGCUGUUGAAUGAACAAAUAGUUUCCGAUGAGGUGCUUCUCACGGUAAUGGCGGAGACCGUGAACAUCAUCAAUAGCAGACCACUGACACGUAACACAGGGACCGCGGAACCGGUAUUGCCGGUAUUGCCCGAGCAAUACCAGAAAUCGGCGAGAGGAAAGACAUACAUGAAUGAGAAAUCACUCCGCCGUAAAUAA